AUGAGUAAUGGUAAUAUACAAUAUUACCAAGGCAAUGCUGCCCAAGAAUAUUAUCAGCCAGCUGGAAGCAAACGCUCUAGAGCAGAUGCUAGCUUUCCUAAUGACGAUUAUUCAGACUUGCAAGAGAAUACAGAGUAUACCUCACAAGACAGUUUUCGAUAUACUAACGGGGAAGCACAUGAAGUCAUUGAUGAGGAUCAACUUGAAGAAGAUCAACUUGAAGACGACAUUGAUGGUGACGACCAAGAACAAGAUAUUGCUUAUGAUUCUACAAAGGGACUUUCAAGUCAAAAAAUUCAAGAGGAAAAGGCUGUCUGGAUUUCAAAAGAUUCGGAAAGCAUAUACUAUGAUGAAGAUGAAGAGGGGGAAGAUAAUGAACAAAAGUCAGGUGCAAUCACUAAGGUCCAUCUUCAAAAUUUUAUGUGUCAUGAAAAUUUAGAGAUUGAACUUGGCCGAAAAGUGAACUUUAUUGUUGGCCACAACGGUAGUGGAAAAAGUGCUAUUCUCACCGCAUUAGCCAUCUGUUUGGGAGGAAAGGCAUCUAGCACACAACGUGCUGGAAGUUUAAGAGGGUUGAUUCGAAAUGGAACUAGCAAAGCUACUAUUACAAUUACAAUUGAUAACAGCUCUAAAAAUCCCUACAAUCCAAAUGUUUAUGGAAACAAAAUUAUCAUCUGCCGCUCUUUUGAUCAGAAAAGUAGUAAUUACAAGAUUAAAAAUGAGUUUAACGAAACUAAAUUUACUACUCGUGAUGAACUCAAUCGUAUUCUCGACUACUUUCAAAUUAUUAUUGACAAUCCUCUUGCUAUUUUGUCUCAGGACGCAGCUCGAUCUUUCUUAACUUCUUCUAAUCCUCAUUCUUUAUACAUGUUUCUUUCAAAAGGUAUUAAUCAUGAAACUUGGAAAAGAGCAAGCGGUCUUACAUCUUCGACUGUAAAAGAAACUUCCCAAUCUUAUGCAACCCUAAAAGAGUCUAUGAACAAAAUUAAAGAAAAAGAUGAAAAACUUCGGAAAGAAUUUAAGGAACUCAAGGAACAAAAAGAAAUUGGUCAUCGCCUAGCCCAGUUGGUUAAAGAAAUUCGCUGGAAAGCUGUGGAGAACAAAGAACGUGAAGUUGAAAAGGAAGAGAAAAAGCUUAAACGUCAACAAGAUAAUCUUGAAAACCUUGAAAGAGAAUCCCAAAAUAACGAUGAAAUAAUUAAAGAAUUUGAUAAUGAAGAAAGUAAUAAGACUGUCGAACUGAAUGCAGCCUCAAUUAAAGGGAAAGAAGCCGACGAUGAUUUCAAACACCAGUUAGAUGAGUUAGAAAAGGUUGAAUCCGAACUAAAUACAUCAUCCGAUAAUGUUCGAACAGCCAAAAGGUCGAUCAAUGACUGUUCGGCUCGUCUUAAUACACUCAAAAUCAAGCUUCAGCGUGAAAUUGACCGCAUUGAAGGAGGUGGUCUUCGAAGAGAGCAAGAGGAAAUGAGAGCCAAACAACAACAAUACAAGGAAAAGCUAAAAUCUAACAAUGACCAAAUUGAUCAGAUCGGUAAUACCGAUGCUUUAGAAGAAGAAUUAAAAAAAAUCGAUGAUGAAUCUCGCCAGGUUCAAGUAUUAAUUCAAGAAAACCGUGAAAAAAUUUCAAAUAUUAAAUCUGAUAUUGAGUCCACUCAAGCUGCCAGUUCAAGAUUUGAAAAUGUUUUUGGUAAAAAAACAGGAGUUCUUUUAGCUGCAAUUGAAAAAAAUAUUUCAAGAUUUUCACAUCCUCCCUUGGGACCCAUUGGCAGAUAUAUUACUAUCAAAGACAAAAAAUGGGCACCCAUUGUUGCUGCUCAACUUAGAAGAUCUUUGAGAGCAUUUGUUUUUCAGAAUCAUAGUGAUCGUGCUAUUUUUCUAGAGAUUAUAAGACGUCUUCGAAUUGAUUCCUUUCCUACAAUUGUUGCUAAGGCCGAUUUAUUUAAGUUUGAAAAUAAUAUGCCUGAUCGCUCUAGAUUCACAACACUGUAUGAUAUUCUUGAGUUUUCUAAUGAACACAUCAAACGUGUGCUUAUUGAUCAGCAUGGAAUUGAAAAAACAAUACUUGUUCCUAAUAGAGCAGAGGCUGAAGCAAUAAUGUUUAGCAACCCUCGCAACGUUUCUAAAUGUUUUUCUAUUCAAAAUGAACGAAAUGGUUUUUCCAUUGGAGGUGGUACUAGAGGAGCUUCUUCAUCAGCUCCUAUCUUUGGUCUAUCCCCUCCUUAUCUGAUGCGGGUUGCUGAGAAUGAUUCUAGUCAGCUUGACUCUUUGAAGGUAGCCUUGAGUGACCUUCAAGCUGAAGGUAAAGACCUUAGUAAACAAUUAGAGGAUUGGAAUUCUCAGAAACGUUAUAAAGAAAGAGAGUUCGCACAGGUUGAGGAAAAAAUCUCUCGUCUUAUGAAUUCAUCUAAAAGUCUAAAGCAGCAAAUCAAUAUUAUUGACGACAAGCUUAGUGAAGAAAUAGAUAUUUCUCAACGUGGCGCUAUUGAAAAAAUGAUUGAAAAUACAAGUAACGAUUUGGAAACGUAUGAGAAGCAACUUGAAAAGGCCAAAGAGGAAUACGAUAACGUCAGUGCUGAUCGUAACGAUCACAAAGAACUUCUGAAAACUUAUCAGAAAAAGGUAGCUGAAGUUCGUGAAAUUAGAAAGUCAAUCAACGAUGAAAUCAUGAAUAUCAGAGAGAGAAAAAGAAUUUUUAUGAAUGAAGUUAGCAAUGCUGAAGGAAAUAAAGCCAUUGUGAGACGAAAGAUGCAAGAACAACAAAAGUUUUUGGAGGAGACCAUUAGAGUUCUUAAAGAACUUACUGCACAAGCUGCUGAAAGUUCUCCCGAUCGUCUUGUGGUGCCACAGAGUUUGGAAAAUCUUCAAGCAGAAUAUACCAGAACUGGCACAUUACUGAAAGCCAGCCAAAUGCACAAUAAGUCUCGCAGUCUUGAUGUGGUUGCUGAAGAGUUGUUGAAUUGUACAAAAGAAUUUAAAAGGGCUAAAGCUGAGUAUAAGGGGGCAAAGUUUGUCAAUUCGAGUAUUGAUAAAAUGCAAGCCCGACGUGAUGCUAAAUACCAUGAAUUUUUGAAACAAAUAACGGGAACUAUUCAGAGCAAGUUUCGAAGUAUUUUGAAGCAGCGUGAUUUUAUUGGAGAGCUGCAAAUCAACCAUGAAGAGGAAACAAUGAUUGUUCAUAGUAGUCGUAAGAGCCAAGAUUCUAAGUCAGUUAAAGAUAAAGAUAUCAAGGGUCUUUCAGGUGGUGAAAAGUCGUUUUCUCAGAUUGCUCUUCUUCUUGCAGUUUGGAGUGCAAUGUCUUGUCUUAUUCGGGGUCUAGAUGAAUUCGAUGUCUUUAUGGAUGAAGUCACUCGCUCUGUUAGUAUGAGACUUAUGAUUGAUGCUAUUAAUGAAGGUGAUUUGUCUAAAGGUCAAACUAUAUUCAUCACCCCUAAUCCUAUGACUGAACUUUCUAACAAGGAACAUGUUAAAAUUUUCAGACUUGCUGAUCCCAAAAGAUAA